AUGCGCGGGCGGGGGGUGCGUCUAGACAUCGGCCUUGACCGCCGCGCGGUUUCCGCGCGACCGAGGUCGCCGCGACCCACAGCCCAGAGACCGAGUGCGAGCAACGGUCUAAACCAAGGCAGAUUCCAUCUAGCUCAGGGAACUAGCAAAAAGCAGACCAAAAUCAAAGAGGCCACAAUUUAUGGAUCGGAAAUGAUGCGAGCCAGGCGAGGCAGGGUGUGGGAGCGGGCGGGGUGGGGGCCGAAUAUCUCAGCGCGGGGUGACAUUGCGCGGACGUCGACACUAUGCCCGACCUACGGCACGGCACCGGCGCCCGCCCGCGCCGCUCAGCCCGCGGAAAAACGAUGCCUCAUCCGCACCACUACUUCGACUACACAAAUUCACUAG